UAUAUGGCCCAGGCUGGUCUCGAACUCCUGACCACAAAUGAUCCUCCUCCCUUGGCUUCCCAUAGUGCCAGGAUUACAGACAUGAGCCACUGUGUGUGGCCUUAAUGUUUGAUUAAAACUUUAUUACAAAAUUAUCAUUGUCUUCAUUUCUAGCUUUUGAUUUGUAUCACAUGUAUUUUCCAUAAUUUUGUCAUUUUGUGUUUAGGUCUUGUAUUAGUUUUCUAUCUUCCUUACAUAUUGUCACCAAAUUUUAGCAGCCUGAAAGAAUACACACUGUGUCCAAGUUUCUGUGGUCAGGAAUCUGGGCAAAGCAUAGCUUGGUGCUCUGCUUCAUGGUCUCUCACAAGGCUUCAGUCAAGGUGUUGGCUGGAGCUGGAGUCUGAUCUCAGGCUUGAAGUGAGAGGAUCUGCUUCCAAGCUCACUUACAGGAAUCCCUAACACUGGAGGAUGUGGCUGUGGACUUCACUUGGGAGGAGUGGCAGCUCCUAGGCCCUGCUCAGAAGGACCUGUACCGGGAUGUGAUGUUGGAGAACUAUAGCAACCUAGUUGCAGUGGGGUAUCAAGCCAGUAAACCAGAUGCACUCUUCAAGUUGGAACAAGGACAACCACCGUGGACAAUAAAAGAUGGAAUCCACGGUAGAGCCUGUUCAGAAAUCUGGAAAUUUGAUGAUCAUGUGCACUUACAGUGUGAAAGCCUGGUAAAUAGAAGGAAACAAUGUCAUGAAAAUGAUGCAUUUGAAAAUAUUCUUCAUUGGAGCAAAAGUCAGUUUCUGUUAGGGCAAAAUCAUGAUAUAUUUGACUUAGAUAGAAAAAGUUCGAAAUCAAAUUUAACUUUAGUUAACCAGAACAAACGCUAUGAAAUAAAGUCUGCUGAGUUUACAGGAAAUGGGGACUCCUUUCUUCAUGCCAACAGUGAACGAUUUCAUACUGCAAUUAAAUUUCCUGCAAGUCAAAAAUCCAUCAGCACUAAGUCCCAAUUCAUCAAUCCCAAGCAUCAGAAAACUCGAAAAUUAGAGAAGCAUCAUGUAUGCAGUGAAUGUGGGAAAGCCUUCAUCAAGAAGUCUUGGCUAACUGAUCACCAGGUAAUGCAUACAGGAGAGAAACCCCACAGAUGUAGUCUAUGUGAGAAAGCCUUCUCCAGAAAGUUCAUGCUCACUGAACAUCAGAGAACUCAUACAGGAGAAAAACCGUAUGAAUGCCCUGAAUGUGGCAAAGCCUUUCUCAAGAAGUCACGGCUCAAUAUACAUCAGAAAACACAUACAGGAGAGAAACCCUACAUAUGCAGUGAAUGUGGGAAAGGCUUCAUCCAGAAAGGAAAUCUCAUUGUACACCAGCGAAUUCAUACAGGUGAGAAACCUUAUAUAUGCAAUGAAUGUGGAAAAGGCUUCAUUCAGAAGACUUGCCUCAUAGCACAUCAGAGAUUUCACACAGGAAAGACGCCCUUUGUGUGCAGUGAAUGUGGAAAAUCCUGUUCUCAGAAGUCAGGUCUCAUUAAACAUCAAAGAAUUCACACAGGAGAGAAACCUUUUGAAUGCAGUGAAUGUGGGAAAGCCUUUAGCACGAAGCAAAAGCUCAUUGUCCAUCAAAGGACUCAUACAGGAGAGAGACCUUAUGGCUGUAAUGAGUGUGGCAAAGCUUUUGCUUAUAUGUCGUGCCUGGUUAAGCAUAAGAGAAUACACACAAGGGAGAAACAAGAGGCAGCCAAGGUGGAAAAUCCUCCUGCAGAGAGACACAGCUUAUUACACACCAGUGAUGUCAUGCAGGAGAAAAACUCUGCUAGCAUGGUGACUACACAACUGCCUUCCAUGGCCCCUCAGACAUCAUUAAACAUCAGUGGCCUCCUAGCAAACAGGAACGUAGUCCUUGUGGGACAGCCAGUGGUCAGAUGUGCAGCCUCAGAAGAUAACAGAGGAUUUGCACAGGACAGAAACCUUGUGAAUGCAGUGAAUGUAGUCGUGCCUUCCGUGAUCAAUUAUGUCUUAUUUUAUGUUACAGAAAACUCAUAGGAAGAAAGCUCAGAUCUAUGUGGAAAAGAGUUGAGCAAAAAUUUGUAGUUCAUUAUGUGGCUUAAAAGUAUACACUGAGAGAAAGUGUGUAAGGCUGAAAAAGCCUGAUAAACUCAUCCUAUUUAAAAUAUGCUAUAAUACAAAGGCAAAAUCUAAUGUUACCCUGUGCACAUACACAGCAUUUGCUCUAUUGUGUCAAUUAAAUGAAUGAAGGAAGCCCAGGUAUUUUUAAGUGGAGGAAAUUAAGUACUGCGAAUUUUUCAAACAGAUGAGAUAAUCGGUAUCUGGAGUGUUGCAGUGACUGAAAAGCCCCGAAAGGGGCAGUUGAUGGGAAAGGGCUAAUACUGGAUUGGUAGGAUGUGGGACAUGUAUGUGUCAAUUCAGUUUCCUUAGAUCAGUGUGAAGGAUUAAUUGAAAAUCAGGACCAUAAACUUUCAGAACUUUAUAUUAUGCAGACGAAUCUCUGAAACAAUAGUCAGUUUGUUUCAUUAAACAAAUAUUUAAAAAUUAUUUCCUUUGUACCCUGUCCUGUUCCCGGAGUGGAGGUCAUAGUGGUAAACAAAGAAGAAAAAGUUUGUGGUCUCCUGGAGAGUUUGUGUGGUUAUCUUUAAGUUGUAUCAUUACAUUCAGCUAAUCUAGUCAGGGGAUGCAAAUAUCUACAUUCUGUGAAAUGGACAUGGAGUAACUGUCUAGGGGACAUGAUAAUUUGUUGUUCAAGGAGUAGCAUAAAGACUGCUGUUAAUGGUACUUAAGCACCUUAGUACAAAAAUGAGGGUUUUUUUUUUUUUUUUUUAAUGCCCAUGUCUUAUCUCUCCAAGAAAUUACAGAUUCCUUGCUAAGUCUUGUGGGUACUUACAUGUUAGAAUUAAAGAAACUGAACAUAAACUUUAAAAAUUCAGUUCCUUCAGUGCUCAAGAGCUGUAUGUGAGUAGCGGCUACCAAACUGGACAGCACAGUGAGUAGAACUUGGACAUAAUGGGGACUCUUUGUCAUCAUUUCCAGCAUCCCAGCAAGUUACACUGGACUCUCCAGUUUGCAUGAUCUAAUAUUUCCCAACACAUAGAAAAACAAAACUAAUUAUAUAUUGAUUUGGAGAGUGAAUGUAUGAACUAAUAGGUUAAAGUUAUUUUGUCAUCGAAGGGAAUGGCAGUUGUAAAGAAUGGACUUGUCACAACUUUCGCGUGAUUAGAGUGACUUAAACAAAUAUAUUUCUUUUUUUUUU